AUGGGACCUCCACGAUUCAGACAUGUGUACGCUACGGAGGGGGAAACCAGGACACGGAACUUACUCGACGGAGGUAACGAUCCGAUGUUCAACCGGAACAGGAAAGACAUAUUCUUCGCCAUCUGGGACGAGUUGCCAACUCCACCUCCUACUACCACCCCCUCUGAUCGUCGCAACUACAAUUUGUGGUGUGAUUACCAUAAAGAACAUGGUCAUACCUUAGCCCAAUGUCACAAACUCAAACGUAUCCUACAUCAGCUAGCCAACGAGAGGAAGUUAACACGGUUCAUCAAUCGGAAAGCCUAUGGCGCAAGAAGCGACACUGAAAAAAGACCUUGGAACCCGAAACACAGAUCUCCCAGAAGAGAUGAGACUAGACGGGAAAGUUCUAACACUCAAGGAACUAUCAACAUGAUUUUCGAUGGCUACUCCGAAGAAUACCCUACUAUUCGCGCUGCAAGAGACAACGUCCAUACUCUACUCGAAGGACCACCAAAAACCACAUCAAAUGGGCCCAUCAUGAUAUUCGAUGCUACUACUUCCCAACCACACAUUGAUCCUUUAGUAGUUACUAUCAAGAUUGGGCAAAUGAAGACGAGGCGAGUAUUGGUGGAUAUCGAAAGCACGGCCGAUCUUAUAACGAUGGAAUGCUUCAGGCAAAUGAGGUUCAAAGAAAACCACUUGCAGCCCCUCGAUAAACCCUUGAUCGGGUUCGAAAGAAAUCAAGUCAUACCCUUGGGAACAAUCAUACUUCCUGUAUGGGUGGGGGAGAGAGACAGAAGAAAAACAAUGCCCAUACGAUUCACGGUGGUGGACCUGACAUUCCCUUACAAUGCCAUUAUGGGACUCCCACUCACCAACAAAAUCAAAGUCGCAAUCUUCUCUCAUCAACUUUUAUUGUAA